AUGCCUAUGCCAAUAAUUGGUCUCGUGGUUGCAGCCCUAUCACCCGUUGCCGUGACGGUUAUCCUCCAGGCCCCUAAGCUUUCAAGAGAGCAGGUUCUUUAUCAGUACUACAUCGUCUUGGUUCAGCAAAUGGCUAUACUGGAUAGGAGUACAUGCUUUAACCCUAACAGCGCCAUUGGGGGAACUUGGAUCGACUUCUCGGCUUGA